UUUAUUAAGGCCGUUUGGUUAUUCUUAAAUUCGGCGCGACAGCGAUCAGACAAGCUUUCAUCGGAUAAAAAUUAAUUAUUUGCUUAAAAUGAUGGAUGGAACAAAUGUACCCUUCCAAUUGACUAACGUACGGAAUCAAUAUCUCGCUGUGCUUGCAGCUAACAUAAUUUACUAUGGGCAUGGAUGUGGACUUGGUUGGAAUUCACCAGCUGUCCAAAUACUAAAAGAUCCGAUCAAAACUCCACUUGAAAGUGGCCCUUUAGACAACGAGGAUGUCUCAUGGAUCGGAUCGAUAAAUUGUAUGGGCGCAUUAUUCGGGUCACUUUUCUGCGGUUAUUUGAUAUCUCUGUUGGGCUGCAAACGUACAUUGCUAUUUAUGAGCGUUCCGUCUGCUACAUUUUGGCUGUUGAUUUAUUUUGGGAAUUCAUACUACCACAUUCUUUUGGGCAGAUUCAUCAGCGGAUUCUACGGCGCAGGUAUACAGACGGCACAGUGUCUGUAUGUUACAGAGAUAGCAAACGAUAAUAUUCGUGGACGAUUAGGAAGCUUUUGGCUAUUCAUACGAAAUAUCGGUAUUUUGACUGCCUAUAUAUUUGGAUCGACGCUUGAAUACAGAGAAAUCCCGUGCAUUUGUAUUUGUAUACCCAUCACAUUUGCUAUAAUUUUCUUUAUGUUUCCGAAUACUCCUCGAUUUCACCUGUACAAAGAACACACUUUGGCAGCAGAAAAUUCGUUAAAGUUCUAUAAAGGUUACAAAGGAGAGAGCAACGAAGAAGACGAGGCGAUUUACAAAGAAUUGGAAAGGCUGAAAUCGAUUGUACAUGAACAGAAAGCCGAAGUAAAAUUGCAAGCAUCAGACUAUUUCAAUAGUACCGCAUUGAAGGGAUUAGCCAUAGCUGUGACUCUUACCGUUCUGUCAACCUUCACUGCCAAUCACACACUCAUCAAUUAUUCGGUGAUGAUAUUUGAGAGAGCCGAAACAAAUAUUGACCCUUAUCUUCAGUCCAUUGUUCUUGCCAUCGCACUCAUUCUCGGCUCACUGUCAACUACCUACUUCGCUGAUAUACUCGGCCGAAAAAUCUUGUGUUCAAUCUCAUUUUUGGGCUCGGCACUUGGAUUGCUUUCGUUAUCACUCUAUCAUUACCUUCAUCUGAAUGGCAAUGACUUAUCAGCAUUCGCAUGGGUCCCAGUGACUAGUUUAUCAUUUGUAAUAUUCAUAUCUGCUGCGGGCGUAUUACCAAUGACAAUGAUUUGUGGCGUAGAAUAUAUUCCGCCAAAGAUUCGAACGUUUGGCAUGGCAAUAAUUGUGUUCGCUACAAAUUUAGCUGCAUUCGGAGCGGUUAAAGCAUUUCCUAUUCUCUUAGAUUCUUUGGACCUUUAUGGUUGUAUGGUGAUCCAUGGAGUGGGUUGCUUAGUUGGAACAGUGUUUGUAGUUUAUGUUCUGGAAGAAACGACCGGUAAAUCCUUAGACAAUGUUGGUGUUGAUGAAAAAACAACAGAUGAACUUAAUAGCAUUUAGUGAAAUGAGGCACUUGGAAAAAUAAAUGUUUUUAUAAAGAAACUGAAAGAUAUUAGAUAAGAUAGAUUUGAUAAGAAAAAUUAUGAUGUGAUAUCAUCCAAAUUAGAACGAAUUUGCAAUGAUAAACCUAUGAUAAACUCAGUUAGACCAUUUGAUCUAAAAUCAAAAUUGUUACCAAAUGAAGAUAACGCUUAUCGCAAGAUUUAGUAGUGAAGCUUAGCUAUUUGCCAGGUAAAUAUAUUUGAUAUUACGUGUGCAAAAGGUGUUGAUUCUAUUAUUAUAGAAGAAAGAUCAUCAUGAUGUAGUCAAAAGUUGAAAUUGUGGAUAAUAUGUGGAAGUAACGUUAUUACAUAUCAAAGUUUGAUAGUUAUCAGCUUAUUGAUGAGUGUAUUUAUUGGGAUUUCCGCUGAAAAAGAAGCUACUUUAACCUACUAAAAUUUAUUGUGUUUUCGAGUACACACUACACAGUGAAGUGAUGUAAUAUCUAAUAAAAAUCUUAACGUGACCGACGUAUUACGUAUGCAAAAGUAACGUAUAAACAAGUGCACAACAAGAUAGUGAAUGAAUAUUUCUCUUUUGUGUAUGGAAUAUAUCGAAUUGAUUAAUAACACAGACUCUACUCGAUAUAAAACGUACAGAUUGAGUGAAAUAACCGGAAUAUUAACCUCACGUUUAUUGUUUCCAACUGAAAAGCUAAAAUUAAAGCGACAAAAAUGAUUAUGUUAGAGAAUUUUAAUAUUUUGUCAAAUGUACAAAAUCAGCUAUAUGCAACGAUCAUAGCAAAUUUUGUGAUAAUUUCGUAUGGAAUGUUCACGGGAUGGCUUUCGCCAGCUUUGCCCUUGCUCAUUUCCGAGGAUACACCACUCCAUACGGGACCAAUGACCAAUGCAGACUUGUCAUGGAUUGGUGGUGCCGUCAGCAUUGGCGCUGUGGUUGGUACCAUUCUAUUUGGGGUUUUGUCAGUUAAGUACGGAUCUAAAUUGGCUAUGACGUGUUGUGCCCUUCCGUGCAUUGCAUUUUGGAUUCUCAUUUACAUUGGUGAUACAUUUUAUUAUGUAUUUUUUGCACGUUUAUUUGGCGGAGUGGCUGGCGGCGCAUUUCUCAACGUUGAAACUUAUGUCCACGAAAUAGCAAACAACAAAAUUCGCAAUCGUCUCGGUUCGAUUCUUCCGUUGGCCAAAAAUGUCGGCAUUGCAAUGUCAUUCAUUGGUGGCUCCUACAUUCCAUACGGAUACAGAGCGAUGUUUUUCAUUGUGAUUCCACUAAUCUACCUAGUUUGGGUGACAACAUUGCCAAACACGCCACAACACUAUCUCCAGAAAGAUAAAUUUCUAAAAGCAGAGAAAUCGAUCAAAUACUACAACGGAUGCGAGGGUAAAAGUGAUCACGAAAAGGCCAUUUUUAAAACGGAAUACCAAAAGUUUAUUGCAAAUGAGCAAGAACGACGAAAACGUACGAAAAUCGAGUUGAAAGACUUUCAGAAUCGUAUGGCUCUGAAGGGAUUUGCUACGAGUUUUGCGAUGGCUUGGCUUAUGCAAACGACGGGUAUCGUUAUCAUCAUCAAUUAUGCGUCGUUAAUUUUCCAAGAAUGCGGAACAUCGUUGAGUGUAAAUGCGUCUUCAAUCGUUCUGGCCAUUAUACAAAUUGUUGGUGGUGUGGUAUCAACAUUACUGGGUGACUUUAGACGCAAAACAACGCUAUAUUUUUCCUUAUCAUGUUCAGCAUUUGGUUUAUUUAUAUUCACUCUAUAUUCGUAUCUGCGCCAUAGUGAAUAUGAUGUUUCACAUUUUCUUUGGCUACCCGUAAUAUCGUUAUCUUUCGUCAUUUUCACAUCUUCCGUUGGCAUUGUGGCCAUUUCUAAUGCAUGUGCAUUGGAGAACUUUUCACCGAAGGUUAGUAUAGAUGGAGGAUAUACAAGUGGAGGAUGGCACGCGGGGCUUACUUGUACUUUCACAAAUAAACAAAAUUAUUUGUCCCCAAACGGUUAAUAUUUCUAAUCUAUUCGGCCCAUCGGCGUAAUGUUUCAUUCGUUGUGCCUUAAUGCAGUUGCUUUUGUCGGCGACAUAUUCUUUCCAAUAUCAUUAGAAGUAGUCUAUCUGCAUGGCUCUAUGUUGAUUCUCGGAAUCAAUUGCUGCGUUGGACUCAUUUGUGUCGCUUUCAUGGAUGAAACUAAAGGCACAUCGAUCGAUUCGGUUGAUCCACCUGAGAACAAUGCGCCAGUACCUAAACCGAGUCCAAUGCCAUCGCUGUCAAUGAGACAACAUCUACGCAAUAAGUUAUCAGAUCAUUUCUAAUCUUGUUUUUUUUUUCUCUUGCUAGAUUGUAAUUCGUGUUGGAUUUAGGCAAAUUUUAAGGCUAUUUAUUUUUACAUUCAACCAAAACUGUGUGUUUUCUAUUUGCACAAGAUCUUUUUGUUUUCUUCUAAGAAACGCUAGAAUUGUAUAUGGCGGAAAUCUACUAUGAAUAUUUAUUUUGAAAAUUUGUUUUGAAAUCUGAAUUCAAAAUCUCGAAAAAUAUGCAAAGAAAUUCACUACGCAAUUAUAUAAUUUAUAAAUUAUAAUAACAAACAACUCUGUAAACAAACGGGUGAUAAUAAAAGCUGUGGCUAAUCAUUUACGACUAUCAAA